UGCCCUUAAAGAUAGUCGUUUCCCCCCAAUGACGAGGGACGAGCUGCCACGGCUUUUCUGCUCAGUGUCUCUACUCACUAACUUUGAAGAUGUAUGUGACUACAUGGACUGGGAGGUGGGUGUACAUGGCAUUAGAAUAGAAUUCAUCAAUGAAAAAGGAUCAAAACGCACCGCCACCUACCUACCGGAGGUUGCAAAGGAGCAAGGAUGGGACCACAUUCAAACCAUAGAUUCCUUAUUGAGGAAAGGAGGCUACAAAGCUCCGAUCACUAAUGAAUUCAGGAAAACAAUAAAGCUAACCAGGUACCGUAGUGAGAAGAUGACGAUGAGCUACACAGAGUACCUUGCCCAUCGUCAGCAUCAUCACUUCCAAAAUGGUAUUGGGCACCCCCUUCCACCGUACAACCAUUAUUCCUGA